AUGGACCUCAAGAUACAGGGUGUUUCUAUCCAUUUUCCCUACAAGCCGUAUGGCUGUCAGCUUUCUAUGCUAAAUCGAGUGUUAACAGCACUUAACAAUAAACAGGGAUGCCUGUUAGAAUCUCCGACUGGGACAGGAAAGACCCUUGCCUUGCUUUGCGCUACCCUUGGGUGGUUAGAGCAUCAAGUGGGUAAGGGGUCCAAAAGCGUUGAGCGGGGUGAUGAUUUUGUUGAUUUUAUGGAGGGAAACGUUCGAAAAGCUCCAUCACUUUGCACGUGUGGCGCUACUGAAUCUCGGUCGGUCGACGAGAACGCGUCUGUUUCUCCGCUGAUCAUUAAUGCCGAUUUAUUUUAG